AUGGCCCAGCCUUCUGCCCCCCAAAAUCCCACUGGUGAGCCCACGGCUCCCGUGGUUGAUACUCCCCCCCAAGCCGAUGACCAGACGAGAAACCAAAAUGCCGACGCGGCUGCUCCUAAGGUGAAGACCGAGAAAGAAUUGGAGCGUGAGCGACGCAAGGCCGAGAAGGCGAAGAAGUUCGCUGAGAAAAAGGCCAAGGCAGCAGCUAAGCCUGCCCCUGCCCCCAAGGCCGAGAAGAAAGAGAAGAAGGUCGAGAAGGAGAAAACUACCGAUGCGUACGAUCCCAAGGUUAUCGAAACUGGCCGUUAUGAAUGGUGGGAGGAGCGUGGUCUUUUCAAGCCCGAAUUCGGUUCUGACAACAAGGUCAAGCCUGAGGGCUACUUCGUCAUUCCUAUUCCUCCUCCUAAUGUUACCGGAUCUCUUCACAUGGGUCACGCCCUCACCAAUGCCCUCCAAGAUACCAUGAUUCGUUGGCAGCGUAUGAAGGGCAAGACUACCCUGUGGUUGCCUGGUAUGGACCACGCCGGUAUCUCCACCCAGAGCGUCGUGGAGAAGAUGCUUUGGAAGAAGGAGAAGAAGACCCGCCACGAUUUGGGUCGCGAGGUUUUUACAGACCGCGUGUGGGAAUGGAAGCACGAAUACCACGCCAACAUCAAGAACGCCUUGCGCAGAGUUGGUGGUUCCUUUGAUUGGUCUCGCGAGGCCUUCACUAUGGACCCUAACCUGUCCGCUGCCGUCACCGAGACUUUCGUUCGCCUGCACGAAGAGGGCAUCAUCUACCGUGCCAACCGCCUGGUUAACUGGUGUGUGGCUCUGAACACCUCCCUCUCCAACCUGGAGGUCGAGAACAAAGAGGUUGAAGGACGUACCCUGCUGGAUGUGCCCGGCUACGAAAAGAAGGUUGAGUUCGGUGUUUUGACUCACUUCUGCUACGAGAUUGAUGGCACUAAGGAAAGGAUUGAGAUUGCCACUACUCGUCCCGAGACCAUGAUUGGUGAUACUGGUAUCGCCGUUCACCCUGAGGAUAAGCGCUACCAACACCUGAUCGGCAAGUUUGCCAAGCACCCCUUCGUGGACCGCUUGCUUCCGAUCGUUGCAGACACCGAUGUCGAUCCUGAGUUCGGUACUGGUGCUGUGAAGAUCACCCCGGCUCACGAUUUCAAUGACUUUAACCGUGGAAAGGCCCAUAACCUCGAGUUCAUCUCCGUGAUGAACGACGAUGGUACCUUCAACAAGAACGGUGGUAUCUUUGCCGGUAUGAAGCGUUUCGAUGCUCGUUACAAGGUCAUCGAACUUCUGAAGGAGAAGGGACUCUACGUCAAGUGGGAGCACAACCCUAUGAAGAUCCCUCGCUGUGCCAAGUCCAACGAUGUUAUUGAGCCCAUCCUCAAGCCCCAGUGGUGGAUGAAGAUGGAAAGUCUUGCCAAGCCUGCCAUCGAGGCUGUCGAAAAGGGUGACAUUGUCAUCAAGCCAGAGUCUGCCGAAAAGAACUACUUCCGCUGGAUGAGGAACAUUAACGACUGGUGUCUUUCCAGACAGUUGUGGUGGGGUCACCAGGCUCCUGCUUAUUUUGUUAAGAUCGAGGGUGAGGAAAACGACGACAGUGAUGGCAACCUCUGGGUCACUGGCCGUACUGAAGAGGAGGCUCGGAAGAAGGCCGAGGCCAAGUUCCCUGGCAAGAAAUUCGAUUUGGUGAGGGAUCCUGAUGUGCUCGACACCUGGUUCUCCUCUGGAUUGUGGCCCUUCUCCACCCUGGGCUGGCCCAACAAGACCCAUGACUUUGAGAACUUGUAUCCUACCUCCGUUCUGGAGACUGGUUGGGAUAUUCUUUUCUUCUGGGUCGCCAGAAUGAUUAUGCUGGGUAUCAAGUUGACCGGCCAGGUUCCCUUCAGGGAGGUGUACUGCCACUCUCUGAUCCGAGACUCGGAAGGCCGUAAGAUGUCCAAGUCUUUGGGUAACGUCAUUGAUCCCAUUGAUGUUAUGGAGGGUAUCCAACUUCAGACCCUCCAUGAUAAGCUUCUUCUUGGUAACCUUGCCGAGAAGGAGGUGGCUACUGCUACCAAGUAUCAGAAGAAGGCUUUCCCCAAGGGUAUCCCUGAGUGUGGUGCUGAUGCUUUGCGUUUUGCCCUUGUGUCUUACACUACCGGUGGUGGUGAUAUUGCAUUUGACAUUCAGGUUAUCCACGGAUACCGUCGCUUCUGUAACAAGAUUUACCAGGCCACCAAAUACGUCCUCGGCAAGCUGGGUGACGACUUCAAGCCUCAACCUACCGUUUCGAAGACUGGCCGCGAGUCCCUUUCCGAGCGCUGGAUCUUGCACAAGUUCAACUCUGCUGCCAAGGAGAUCAAUGAGGCUCUGGAGCAGCGUGAGUUCAACGUUGUUGCUACUACUGUGUACCAGUACUGGUACGCCCAGCUCUGUGAUGUCUUCAUUGAGAACUCGAAGUUCCUCCUUGCUCCUGAAGUGCCAGCUGAGGUGCAGGAGUCGGCUAAGCAGACUCUCUACACUGCUCUUGAGGGUGCUUUGACCUUGAUCCACCCUAUCAUGCCCUUCGUCACCGAAGAGCUCUGGCAGCGUCUGCCUCGCCGCCCCAACGACAACACUAUUUCUAUCAUGAAGGCCCGGUACCCAGAAUACAAGGCUGAGUUCAACGACCCCGAGGCUGAAGCUGCCUACGAACUUAUCUUGAAGACCUCUGGUGCCAUCCGUUCGAUUCUUUCCCAGUAUGAGGUCAAGACCAAGGGAGACAUCAUCAUCCAGACCUACGAUGCCACCAGCCACAAGACCCUCUCGGACGAACUGACCAGCGUCAAGUCUCUGGGUGGUAAGUUCCUGGGCGAUCUCAGCAUCCAGGGUCCAGAGGCUACUACUCGGCCAUCGGGUUGCGUGGUGUCUGCUGUUGGCUCUGAGGCAGCUGUCUUCCUCCGCGUGUCCAAGGAGGUCGCUCUUGAACAGGAGGAGAAGGCCAAGGCCAGCCUUGAGAAGGCCCGUGCUGUCGUGACUCGUCAGACUAACCUCAUGGGCAGUGCUGCAUGGAAGGAGAAGGCCAAGCCUGAGGUGCGCGAGAUGGAAGAGAAGAAGCUCAAGGAUGCCGAGAGCGAGACUGCUCGUUUGGAAGAACAGAUUCCCGCUGAGCAGGCACCAUCUGGAAGUUUUUCCACCGCGAAGCCAUAUUUCAAGAUGAUGCUCAGAGAAGUAAAACCCAAGAAUCCGCGCACGGCGCGAAUUCUCAAAGCCAAAGAACCCCAGCUCAUUGAAGGAGCCAAGCGCACAUUGUUACUGCACGGCUCGAAAUGCCCGACACCGCUCCACACGGUUCUGAAGACGUUGCACUCCCUGACCCGGCCCAACUCGCUCCUGUUCCACAAGAAGAAUGAGAAUAUUCACCCGUUCGAAAGUGCCGAGAGCCUCGAGUUCUUGGCCGAUAAGAACGACUGCGGUAUGGUGGUGUUCGGCAGCAGCAAUAAGAAGAGGCCGAACUGCGUGACUAUGGCUCGGGUUUUCAAUGCCAAGCUGCUCGAUAUGUGUGAAUUGUUGUUGCUUCCCAGCCCGGAUGGAGACCAGAUUCCCUCGAUGAACAACCUCACCAUGAACGUUGGAAUGGGUUUACGGCCGCUGCUGCUUUUCUCCGGAACCCCCUGGGAUGAUCCUACGUCGUCGGCGCAUGUCAUGCUGAAGAGCAUGUUCAUGGAUAUGUUCAAGGGCGAAACCACGGAUAAGAUUGAUGUGGAGGGCUUGCAAUAUGCGCUCAUGGUUGCGGCCGAGGAACCCACCGAGGGUUUGUCGCCUGUUAUUCACCUGCGGUGGUACAAGAUCAAGACGAAGCGCAGUGGACACAAGCUCCCACGGGUGGAGUUGGAGGAGAUUGGUCCCAAGUUUGACUUCAAGGUCGGACGUAUCCAGGAGGCUCCUCGGGAUGUCAUGAAGGAGGCCAUGAAGCAAGGCAAGCGGCCUAACGAGGAGAUUAAGAUGAAGAAGAACAUUGGCAUGGAUUCUAUUGGUGAUAAGAUCGGUCGCGUGCACUUGACCAAGCAAGAUCUGGGCGGAUUACAGACGAGAAAGAUGAAGGGUUUGAAGCGGCGUGCCGGCAUGGAAUCGGAUGAGGAGGAUGCCGAUAUGAUGGAUGUGGAUGACAUUUCCGAGGAUGAGGGACGGAAGAGGACUAAGACGGCUUAA